AGCCGUGUUAGCUCAAAGCAGCACACCAGCUCGAGCUCCGCGACGCCAGCGGCACAAGGUCCGAGCGACUGACACCACAUCGAAGUGUUCGUCAUGAGCGGUCUGAUGUCCAGCAGUCGCGGCGUCACGAAGCAAGGUCCGUACCAGGCCGACGGAACGAUGUUGGUCGUCAAGAACUGUUUUUUGGAGGUGGUGGACAUUUGUGGAGGGCUCAACCGCAGCAAAAGCGACGGAUAUUUUGGACGUGCGGUUGGGACGUACACUACGCGGGCGGAUGCGGUCCAAGAUGCGCGCGACAAUUCGGGGAGUCUCGCGACCGGGGACGACGAGCCUGCCAGGAGCUCCGCCACCAGCCCCAGCCACUCAACAGUUUCAGAGCCCGCCCCGCCCAGCCCAGGCAGCAGCUGUUCCUGGGCUGAUGGGAUCAGCGACGUCGGCCAGUUCAAGAUCGGUGGAUCUCGGUUAAACGGCGGCGUCGAGGCCGAGAGGCUCGGGAGCUCCGGCCCGGCGUCCAGCGGCCCCUCGCCCGAGGUUCGCCGCCCCAGGCGCGAGCCCGCGGGGCGGCGGGGUGCCGAGGUGACGAGCAGCGGGGAGCGGUCGCACGCCAUCGGCACCUGCAGGCCGUGCAUCUACUUCAGGACGAAGGCGGGCUGCGCGAACGGCCUCAGCUGCGGCUACUGCCAUCUGCCGCACGCGGUCAAGCGCAGGUCGCGGCCCAGGAAGGCCGUGCGAGACCUGUGCAAGGAGCGGCUGGCGAUGCUGGACGACGAGCGCGGGGUCGACGUUGCCGCUGUGCGUGGGCUGGCCGACAACGGCGUCUCAGCCGGCAUUGCCCAUCAGUACAUGCGCAGCAUCCUCCGGGCGAGGCACCGGCAGCACGACUCGUUGCAGCGGGCGGCCGAGGCUCCAUUUCAGAGCCGCCGCCGGUGAUGCGCGCUUGGCCUCGGCGGCCGCUCCCUCUUCGCCCCGCCCGCCUCCCCUCGCUUCGGGUCCGCCUCCGCUGUGCUCCCUUCCUGUUCUCCUGUACGUCCAACGCGUGGGCACGCAGCGUCGACGUCAGAAGGCGCAAGCAUUUUUUCGUUGCGGCCGUCGUUCCACAUCGCAUUGCUUGCCGGCCCUCGCAGGAGGAGUGUCUCCCUCGGACUCUCCCCUCAUUCUUCACACUGUCGGCCUGGUGAGAGACAUCCGGCCGCCGCGUCGAAGCGCAUUCGACUCGACCGUUAAGGAUCACACGAGCGGCCAAUGUUUGCGGUCUCAUCAUUGUUGGCAGGAUUCUUUGUGGUCGCUUCAUUCAGCGUCCAGAAUUCCCUUCCCCGGGCAGGGAGGAG